AGAAUAAAAACCGAUAUUAAUUAAAUUUGCUUAGUAGAAACAGGCCCAUCUCAUCCAUCUUCACUACAGUUGUUCUUUUUAACUGGAAUUUUCUAAGAUUAUUCUAACAUUUUCAAAGAUUUGUCGACAUGGUAAUGGUCGCCCUCUCUCUCUCUAUCCCUUUCUCUCUCUAGUUUAUUGCGAGAAAUUCAUCUAUUGUCUGCUGUUUUAGGGAUUUAUAUGUAGGUAAUCUAGCUGGGUUUAAAUAAGAAAAAAUGGCGGAAAAUGGGAAUAUUGGAUUUUGGUUCCUCUAGAUUUAGGGGAAGUUUGCUAAAGUUAGGGGCUUUUCCCAACUGAGUUUCUGUUGUUUUGGUGAAAUCCAUGGUGGGUCUGCUCAGAUUGCGCUUAUAUGAAGUGGGUUUAGAGGGAAAGGUGUCCUUUGGAAGUUUUUGAGAGAGAGAGGCUUGGAGGAUGAAAUGUGGGUUCUUUUUCAACCUCUGAGUUCUGGUUUGGAGAGGAGUGGUGAUAUGUGAAGUGGGUUUGAAGGAAUGAGGUUGUGGUGCCUUUUUGUGGGAGUUUUCAGAGAGAUGAAAGGGGGUAAUAAGAUAAAAAAUCAGGGGGUUUCUCACUCUAAGUUGCAGGUUUGGAUGGUGAGAGCUACAACCACUGUUCUUCUUUGGACGUGUUUGAUCCAGUUGAGUGCUUUGCAGAACUUAUGGGCACCUCGCUUGCUUAAGGGUUGGCCUUCUUGCUUUACUCAGUCUGAUACUGAUCCACAUUCGAACUUAAUUACCUUAUCGUCUCCGAAGUUUGUUCUUCCUCCUAAACGGGUAUAUAAGAACAAUGGCUACCUAAUGGUUUCUUGCAAUGGUGGACUUAAUCAGAUGCGAGCAGCGAUCUGUGACAUGGUAGCCAUAGCAAGAUACAUGAAUGUGACUCUGAUAGUACCAGAGCUGGAUAAGUCCUCUUUCUGGGCUGAUCCAAGCGAUUUUGGAGACAUAUUCGAUGUCGACCACUUCAUAACAUCUCUGAGAGAUGAAGUAAGGAUACUGAAAGAGUUUCCACCCAGGCUCAAAGGAAGAAUGGAGAAAGGACAGCUCCUCUCCAUGCCGCCCAUCAGUUGGUCUAACAUCUCCUACUAUCACAAUCAGAUUCUACCUUUGGCGAAGAGACACAAGAUUUUGCAUUUGAAUAGAACAGAUGCUCGAUUGGCUAACAAUGGGCUGCCUAUUGAUAUCCAAAGGCUUCGUUGUCGGGUAAAUUAUGGUGCCCUACGAUUCACCCCCCAAAUUGAAGAAUUGGGCAGAAGAGUCAUCGAUUCACUGAGAAGGAAUGGACCAUUCUUAGUUCUUCAUCUCCGUUAUGAGAUGGACAUGCUAGCUUUUUCUGGCUGCACUCAUGGUUGCAGCGUAGAGGAAGAAGAUGAAUUGACUAGAAUGAGGUAUGCAUAUCCAUGGUGGAAAGAGAAAGUUAUAAACUCUGAACUGAAAAGAAGAGAUGGACUUUGCCCACUGACACCAGAGGAAACUGCACUAGUUCUGAGGGCUCUUGGUUUUGAUAAGGAUAUCCAAGUGUAUAUUGCUGCUGGAGAGAUAUACGGGGGAGAAAGGAGGAUGUCUUCUCUCUAUUCGGCUUUCCCAAAUACGGUACAAAAGGAAAUGCUAUUGGAACCUUCUAAUCUGAAGCCCUUCCAAAACCAUUCCUCUCAGAUGGCAGCACUGGAUUAUCUAGUUUCCUUGGCAAGUGAUGUCUUCGUCCCCACAUAUGAUGGUAACAUGGCCAAGGUUGUUGAAGGACAUCGCAGAUUCUUGGGUUUCCGGAGAACUGUACUAUUGGACCGAAAGCUUCUAGUUCAUCUACUAGACCAACAUACCAGUGGGUUAUUGCCAUGGGAUGAGUUCUCUCUAGCGGUCAAGGCCGCUCAUACAAAUCGGAUGGGUCAGCCUGCAAGAAGGUUGGUGAUUUCAGAUAAACCCAAGGAAGAGGGUUACUUCUACUCUAAUCCUGAGGAAUGCCUGUCUUACUCCGAAGACACGUUGAGAUCAGAUACUUAGAUAUACUUAUUAUUAUAUUUUUGGGGAUAUAACUCUCAGUUGAAAAAUCUAUUUUUUGGGGUGUUGACCCAAAUAAAGUGGGGAGGUCACAGAGUUCCUUUUGAAGCAUUAAUGUAAGCAUGAAUUGGGUUUUCUUGGAGCCAUGUGAUGAGUGCUCAAGGAUCUGAGACCUGCUUCUUUUAUUCUGUUCAAAUAAGAAAGGGUUAGGGAAACCCUUAUCAAUUCAUAGAAAAUAUGACACAUUCCUCGGAUUUUGAAUAUUUUUCAUCUCCCCUUGUCUUUUGACUGGAGAUUUGUGUGGAGAAGAUAGUGUUACAUGGAGCACCAAAAAAGCCAGCAUGUAUGUCUCUAAAACCUCCUCCUGUGCCAAGCCAAGAUAGAUGGCUUUCAGAUAGCAAUUGCAACUAUUAUGGAAAGAGUUCUACAUCAUCAAAUGAAAUCUCUAUCACAGGUCGGUUUUGAUGAAAUUUUUGCAUGGGUCUGCUCUUUGUGUUAACAGAAAACUGGUCACACCGUAAUGUUCUAUGGGGAAUUGUUGCUGCAUGGUUCUUGUCAAAAUGGCUGAAUCGAUUUUCCGUUCUUAUGUGUAAAACUGGUAUGAAAGAUUGUACAUCUCAUUUUGUUGGACAGUUUAAGGGAAGAUUGACUUCCUGUUGCCUUGAA